GCGCAGAGCUCGCUGCGCGCGGCCGGGCGGGAGGGGGCCGGAGCGGAGCGGCCGCCGUCUCCCAUGUCGGCUCCCUUCGAGGAGCGGAGCGGGGUGGUGCCCUGCGGGACGCCCUGGGGCCGCUGGUAUCAGACCUUGGAGGAGGUGUUCAUCGAGGUGCAGGUGCCGCCGGGUACCCGGGCUAAGGACGUCCGCUGCGGCCUGCAGAGCCGGCACAUCGCGCUCUCCGUGGGGGGCCGGGACGUGCUGCAGGGUAAACUUUUUGACUCCACAAUAACUGAUGAAGGAACGUGGACGUUAGAAGACCGGAAGCUGAUACGAAUUGUUCUAAUGAAGACAAAUCGAGAUGCUGGAAACUGUUGGACAUCUCUGUUAGAAAAUGAAUAUGCUGCUGAUCCUUGGGUACAGGACCAGAUGCAAAGGAAACUUACACUGGAGCGAUUCCAAAGAGAGAACCCUGGAUUUGACUUCAGCGGGGCAGAAAUUUCUGGAAAUUACAGCAAAGGAGGACCAGACUUUUCUAGUCUUGAAAAGUAAACUGUUUUUAUCUGUGUUCCUUGAGAGGAAUUGCACAUUACACUUCAGGACUGGAAUCAUGUGACUGGUGAAUACUUCAGUCUUCAGUGGAUUGUUGUCAAGUAAAUUACUUCAGUGUAAAGAAAGACAGAUCUCUUCCAGUAGAAUGAAGACAACAGCUGAUUUAUAAGCUGCAAUAACUUUCUAAUGCUACAGGGCAAACUACAGAGAAUGGUGUACACCAAAAAGUGACAUUUUUAAGCAGAAUGUUGGUUUUGGUGGGUUUUUUAUAAACACCAUAGUAAACUAGUAAGUUAUAAGUAUACAAUUUGUCUUUAUGCAAGAAUAUCAUAUUCAUCUGUGAAGAAUAGGUGUUAUAAGCAAGCUAUUUAAUAUUUUCUCUUAACUUGCAGCAGGAAGGAUACUAGGAUGGGUACAGUUACACUUUCCCUCUGUAGCAGCCCUCUGAGUUUUCAUAAAUGUAAUUCUAAAAAAGUGAUUUAAAUAAAGAAACUACUGCAUCUUGCCUCAAAGGAGGUUUUACAAUCUACUGUGCAGUUGAGUAUAGCAUUAAUGAUUAAUACUUGCUACCAGGUAAGUGAUACUAGAAAACUGCAAUGUCAGGUGAAAGUCUGGUUAUACAUAAUUUUAUGUGUUAAUGUAAUAUAACCUUUCAAUUUAAGUUAUUUAAGAUUCUGAAAGUGAAUAUAAUGACUUCUGAAAGGCAUAGGAAGUCCCUAGGUAGAAAAUGUUAUCUUGCAUCUAUUCAUUACCAACAUAUAGCACAAGUUGUUGGUAUUGUAUGUAAAAAGCUGUAGAUUUUUGCAGAUAGUUAUAAAUGUAAUAGCUGUAUUUUAAAUUUAGCUAUUGCAUGAUGCAACAUUUUGCAUGUGCCAAUUGUGUAUCAGGAAUUUUCUACUCAUUAGGGAUGCAGCUGACCAGCAGUCUAACCACAGGGUGAGGGCUCUGUCAGACUAACAGAGGAAGGAAACAUGAUUCUCAAAUCCUGCUGUAUUCUGAGCACUGUAACUACUGCCUAUACUCAAGUCCUAAGCAGAAGAUGAUAUAUUGCCAGCAGUUGUCCAUCAUACUGCUAAGCCUUAUUUAUAAAAUUGUAUCAGUUUCAGUUGGCAUGUGGCA